AUAUAAAGAUAGGUAAGUGAAUGUAGGUAGGUACUACCUACGUAAAUACCUACAAUGAAACCAACAGCCACUGCUCUUGAAGUAUGGUAUCCAACUGUGAGAUGAAUUACAACCCAUCACCUGUCCAAUAAUAAGACUUAAGUAGCAUUAGUGACACAGAAAUGAGAUGGAUAGAUAGAUAUGAGUAUGGGUAAGUAAAUGGGUGACAUAAAUAUGAAGCAAAAAACUGAUGAAAUGCAUAAACACGAGUAUGCUAGUGAAAGAGAAUAAAAUAAUCGUCAUGUAUUGUACAAUUCGAAUAAUUUUUUUGAGCCUUUUAUUUCUCAAACUUGAAGGAUUAAUAUUCUUAAAAUUCGUCUCAGCUUCUGAACAUUCGUUGUUUGAUAAAAGUAAAAGUUUCAAUGCACCUAAGAAACCAUUGACAUUUUUAACACCAUUCGACGAAGUAUUUGUACUAAAACAUACCGGACGAUCACUUGAUCUUGAUCUUAUCACACCUAAAACUGUUGGUGCUUUAACUGGAGGUCUCUUAGGAGAAAAUAUCUAUAGAUUUCAUAAAUGUCGGUGGUACUGGCAGGAUGGUUUGAGUUCAGGAAACUGUAAUAACGGAUCGGUUUUAGAAUCGAGGUUAUAUUAUUUCAAUAUAAAAUAUGGCAGUUUCAAAAAUGCUUUACAUUAUCCAAAUGGUGUCAUUGAUGUUUUUAUUCCAAUUGAAACCAAUGGCCAUAUUUACAACCCAUUAUAUUGGGAAUUUGAGAAACAAAUGGGAGAAAAAAUCAAGAAACCGGAUGAUCAGGCUUUGAUUAAUGGAGGAGUUACGUACCUUUGGUAUGAACAUUUUACUUAUAAGGAUGUUUACAGUUUAUAUUCAGGAUCAUCUCAUUUUGAUGAAGAAAGUGGUAAAACGUAUUUUAAUACGAUUACCAUCGAGUUACCAUUAAACCGUCUAGUAAACUUCGUGUCUCAUGAACAGUUCAAACACACAUUUGGUUCGUUGGUGAACUGUUCAGGGAAACCUUUGAGCAAUCCGGUACCUGACAUUCAACAUUCAUCGCGAGUUAAAAAAGAAAAAGGAAUUUGCGUGAUAAACUUACCAGCCUGAAUCACCUAUCAAAAUGAAAUAGCAAAUGGAUGGAUAAUAAACUUUUUCAUCAAUCAAUUUCGUUGUCCAUAAUGUAUCGAGUGAUGGAGUGAAUUCAUCAAUAAUAUUUGUACAUAGUACCUUACCUACAAGCAUUGCACAAAUUUUUUGAAAUUAUUCACUUUGAUACCUUAAGUACCUACUAUAAAAUUCUCCUACCUAAAUAGAGGUGUCUAAAAAGAAAUCGCGGAUUAAAUUUAUAUAUAUAGGUAUUAUAUAUUGUCAGAUACCACUUUGUAAAAAAAAAAAAUGAAAUGAGAGAAUUUUGAAUAUUUUUCGCACUGUUUAGGGUAACAUACUUAUGUACCUACCUAUUUUUAAAUGUUGAAAUCUUGAAUUACAUUUCAUUGAAAAAAAUGUAAAACUGGAAUACCUAAUCGCACUCAGAUAAUUUCGAAGUUUACAUCAAACUUGUGAAUCAAUAUCUACCUACUCCUUCAAUUUCAUUUUGAAAAUGGGCUGAUGAGUCAGCAACAUUUGUUCCCCUAAAGGUAACCAUAAUAAUAACUAGGUAGGUUGUAUGUAUGUACAUAUGUACUUUUUUUAUUUUAUGAAUCUUAAGUCACUUAUGCAAUCAAUCACAAAUUAUCACUCAUUUUUUUCACGUGUAUCCAUAAAAUGUCCUUUUUGUCUGGAAACAGCUUUCAAACAUGUUCAUAAGUAAUUAAUUUUUAUGUCUUACUAAGUGACGAAUUUGAUAAUGCAAAAAUAUAUACUCCAUCAAUGCAUGGAAUCUUAAGUUCAAUAUCUAUUUGCUUAUUGACCAAGAUGUACUUAUCACGUUUAAUUUUAUCAUGUUUUAUAAUUUUAAGCUGGAACGGGCCAUCGUGUUCGAUAUCAGCUCAAAACAUCUGCAAAGGGUGCAAUGAAAAAUUUGCCAAUUUUCACGCCGUAUCAGAUGAAACAUUUUUACUCAAAUACACAGGAAAAUCAAUCGAACUUUCAGGCUCAGUGGCAACAAAUGCUUCAGCGACUGGUGGUAUUUUUGGAAAAGAAUUAUAUAAAUUCUAUAAGCUAAUUUAUCAUUGGAAAACUCCUAAUUUUAUAAAAACAUGCCUCUUACAAGUAAGGGUUAUUUAUUUCAAUUCAAAAUACGAAUCGUAUAAAAAUGCGUUGCGCUAUUCGGAUGGUAUACUUGAAGUAAAUUAUCCUGUUUUUGCUGACGCACUCGUAGACAAUCCACAAUUUAUCGGGUUCGAGAAAAAACUUCACGAAAUCAAGCAUCCUGGAAAAUCCACACAUAUCCAUAGUCGGCUAUCUUGGAGCUGGUUAGCUAAUUUUCCUCCAUCUACAGCUUACUCGUAUUAUAAAAGCGAAUAUUUGGACGAAGACACUGGAAAAAAAUAUCCUUGUGCUAUAAAAAUACUGGCACCUCUAAUCAAACAUUCAAACUAUAUAUCUCGUCAGCAGUUUUUAAACUCAUUUGGAUCAUUGGAAAAUGUAUUUGGGAAACUUACGAAUAAUCUUCCAGCUUAUGAACUUCCGAAGUCACUUGCUGCCAUAGCGAUAGGAGUUAUCAUAAGCAUUAUUUGAAUGCGAUCAGCGAAAAAUGAUUAUAUCUGAUCACUGAUCAGAUCGGAUUAAAUCUGAUCAAUAUUAUUGGGACAUUCUCGAGGUCCAAUUUGUUCUUACCAGAUCUGAUCAGAUCAGAGUUUUGAUCAAGAUCCAAUAUUUUUCGUUUAUAUGGGAACAAAAAUAAUUAUAUGUACCUACUUAUUUGAAGUUUUGAGUUUUUGUUGUGAGGGAAGAGAGGAAUAAGUAGGUAUAUAAAUUAAGUACAAUAAUUUUUUCACAAAAAGAUAGAGCUUGCUUUUUUUAAAAUUUUUUUUUAAAAAUAUGCAACCUGGACAAUAAAUUUUCUGCACCACACAAAAGAAAUAUAAAAUAGGUAGGUAUUUGGGUAUCUGUGGGUCAGUUGCAUAAGCCUUGUAUCGACGCGAUUUUGAAAAAUUCAAACAUAAAUUAGAUAUGAUCAUUAAGAAGAUUUAAAAUAAAAUUGGUGAAAUUGAACAUACAUUGUAGGUAGGUGUACAGUAAUUAUAUCAUACGUAAUGCACUUUUAUGCACCACGUAUGCCUCCUCCUCCUCCUCCUCCUCCUCCUCCUACAUGUAAAAUUUUAUAUCAGAUUAUGACCUCGUGUGUAGAAUUGCAGCAUAACUUCGUAAAUUUCCAUUCCAUAUGACAUAUCCACAUGCAGAUAGAUAGUAGAUACCUAAACCUACACGUGUAAUAAAGGACAAAAACAAUGUAAAAGAGCUGUCGUCUAAAGAUGAUACCAGUCAACAGCUUUAAAUUUGGAAAUGAAAAAUAUGUCACGGGCUAUCAGCGUUGACAUUUGCCUGAAUGCGAUUAUCAACCGUUAGUUAUAUUGUUAUUUUCAAGGACUAACAAGUCACGUUGUUUUGAAAACAAUGAUAACAAAAUUUUAAAUUUACUUACGUAAAUUUCAAAAAUUUGGCUUGUGAAUGUGAGCACUUUUAAAAUUUUCAUCCAUUAUAAUCACUUCCUCUGCUCCGCAAAAAUGAUAUUAUUUGGCUGAUGUUCUUUUGAAUAAAAUGUGAAGUACAUAGGUACCUACAUAGAUGUAGUAUUCUGUAUGAGUGGGAUUUUUUUUUGCAUGAUUCAAAAUCUAUAUUUUCAAAAUUCUAUUUUAAAAAACACUCAUUUUCAUUGAAAAAAUUAGGCUUGUGUACAUUAGAUAAUAAGUACCUAACUAAGUAGAUUGGCUGAUAUUCAUUAACGCACGUAUUCUUCGAGUUGGAAAAAAAUGGAUACUCGCAUUAACAAAUCACGCAUUCAUUACCAGUGUACGAUAAGCUGCAUAUAUCAAGCGUCGAAGGAAUAAAUUUGUAUCUAAAAUAAUGUUAAACCAGUUGAAAAGUUAAUGAGCAAUACAGGAGGAAGUUUUUGAACCCAAUUCCUUGAAAAAAUGAAGUUGUGCAAACAAAUUUUCCCCUAAAAAUAUUAGACAAUUUCUAAAAUCUCGAGUGACAAAUUUACCGAAAAAAAAUGAGUGAAUGAGUUCCUACCUAAGUAUUAUCCGCCAUUUGUUGAAGUGAUCAGGCUACUUUUACAGAAUAGAUAGGCAAGGUACCAUAAAAAAUUAUCUCUAGGUUACUGUUUUCUUUCUCCUUAAAAUUUCCAUACGAAAAAUAACUAAGUACCUAUAGAUAGGUAGGUGAUGUCUAUACCUUAACAUGAGUUUUUAAAACUUGAAAAUAUGUGUUUCUCUGACAUAAUAUUUUACGAUUGCGAAAACGAUCGAUACCCAACAAAAAAAAUUCGUAUGUGUAUAUUUCUAGCAAAGUAGUCUUUAUUCAGCGAAGCUUUGUAAUAUUCAACAAGUAAAAUGUACUGUGAUCGAAUAUUGUUGACAUUUUUGUUAGCUUUUUACUUGACCAUGCCACUCAGAUGGGUUUCAGCAUCGGUCAACUUCUUCGCUGCCACAGACGAAACAUUUUCAAUGAAAUUUACAGGAAAAUCGGUUGAAGCCUUAGGUCCACACAAAGCCAAUGGCACCAUAACGCACGGUUUUUUAAGCCUAGAUGUCUAUCAAUUCCAUAAACUGGUAUAUUAUUGGGUAACCAAUAAUUCUACACACAAAUUCACGUUACAUGUGGAAGAUAUUUUUUUCAAUAGAAAAUAUGGGUCUUAUCAGAAGGCAUUUUAUCACCCUGACGGCAUAGUUCAAGUUUGUGUUCCUGUUUUUGCCAACGCAUUAAUUGACAAUCCGCUGUACUAUAAAUUUGAAGAAGCGUUCAAUAAAAUCAAGAAUAAGCCCGGAAAAACCACUGAUAUCAUAAGUGAAUCUACGUACAGUUGGAUAAUGAAUUUUUUUCCAGGAGUUAUAUACGUGCAUUAUAAAAGUAGAUAUUUUGACGAAGAUUCUGGAAAAAGUUGUCCUUAUGCAACAACUAUUAUGUUACCGAUAGUACCUUCGCUGAAUUUCAUAUCCAGUCGACAGUACCUCAGCACAUUCGGAUCAUUGGUUGAUUCUUCAAAAAGACCCUUGAAUGAUCCACCACCCCUAGCAUUUCCAAGAUCUUUCGUAGGCAUUGGAAUAAAUAUAAUACUUAUCCACAUAAAGGGAUAAGUAGAUGACUAACACAUUCGAAAUUAAAUUAAUUCUAGAAAAAAGAAAGGAUCACGAGGAUUUUCAAAUUUUUAUAAAAAUAACAUUUUUUUUGUUCUGUAAGCUCUGAUUAUUUUUUUAAUUUUUUGAAAAAGGUUCAUGUCUUAAGUACAUAUAAUUACUUCAAAAUAAUAUAUGUAUUAAAAAAAAAUUAUUGUGAUGUACUUGCCUUUGUAAACUCUAAUAAAAUCAUGAACAGAUUAGAUACUCGUAUAGAUACUU